AUGCCGCUAGCCGACGCUCCAGAUGCGCAGGCGCGCAUCUCCCGGUUCAUCUCAGCCGCCCGUUCCACCCACAUGCCGGUCAGCGCGUUUCACUUUGGUUCGGGUUACACCAUGAUCGGCAAGCGGAGGUACGUUUUCCACUGGAACUUAGCUAAGUUCCCGGAUCCGCAGGGGCUUGUGGCGGAGAUGAGGGCGGCUGGGAUGCGGGUGGUAGCAAAUGUAAAGCCUUGUAUGCUGGUGGACCAUCCGAGGUAUGCGGAGGUGGGUGGGAAACAUGGGUUUGUUUUCUUGAGUGAGGAUGCAGCGGCAGGAGAUGCAGAUGGAGUAAAGGAGACAGGAGGAGCAGGGACAGGAGGAGCAGGGACAGGAGGAGCAGGAACAGGAGUGAAUGUGGCAGGAGGAGGGGCUGGAGGAGGGGCAGGAGUAGGGGGAGGGGGAGGGGGAGCAGGAGCAGCAGGGACAGAGGAGGAAGCGGAGUCUUUUCCAAAGCCAAGUGCAGCAGAGCCGCCAGCAACAGCUGAAUCUAGACCGCCGGCUAUAAGCCAGUUCUGGGACGGGCUGGGAGCUCAUCUAGACUUCACCAACCCAGCCACCAUAGCCUGGUGGCAGGCCAACAUGCAGCGAGCGCUGCUAGAUGUUGGUAUAGAGACCGCGUGGAAUGACAAUAACGAGUAUGAGAUCUGGGAGGAGGAUGCACGCAGUCACAUGUUCGGGUGGCCCGAGCCUCUGUUUCUGCAUCGGCCGAUCCACGCGCUGAUGAUGACCCGCGCCUCGUUCGAGCAGCAGGUUCGGGCCGAGCCUGGCCGGCGACCCUACUCGGUUACCAGAGCUGGGGGAUUCGGCAUUCAGAGAUACGCACAGACCUGGUCUGGGGAUAAUUCCACUAGCUGGAAAUCACUCAGGUGGAACCUCCGCCUAGGCCUCUGCCUCUCCCUCUCCGGCCUCUUCAACUGCGGCCAUGACGUCGGCGGCUUUUCCGGACCUCCUCCCGAGCCUGAGCUCCUGGUUCGGUGGGUCCAAGCCGGCCUGCUGCACCCGCGAUUCCUCAUGAACAGCUGGAAGCCCGACGGAACCAUCACCUGCCCUUGGAUGUACCCCGAAUCGAUCCCAGCCGUCCGUUGGUCCGUGCGGCUGAGAUACCGCCUCAUCCCCUACCUCUACUCUCUCUCCUUCCGAGCUUCUUUUUUCCACGAGCCGAUGAUCCGCCCGACUUUUUAUGAUUUUCCUGAGGAUGACCGAUGCUGGAGGGAUGGGGAUGAGCUUAUGGUGGGACCCAUGCUGCUUGCAGCCCCAGUGGUCGAACGCGGGGCACGCCAGAGAAAAGUUUAUUUGCCCGGAGGGCAACCGGGCAAGAAAAAUACAGCAUGUUUCUCUGAAGCCGAGGGGCUGAUGGCUGGUUCAACCCCGGCCCCGUGUUCGGGCUGGUUUGAUUUUUACUCGGAGGAGUUUUUCCUUUCCGGGCAGGUUGUGACAGUGGCGGCUCCGCUUGACCGAGUGCCGUUGUUUGUUCGGGCAGGUGGGAUAGUGGUGAUGACUGAAAGUACGGUGGAUUUCAGUAGGUUGCAUGAUGAGGGGUCUAGGGUUCUCAGGGUGUUCCCUCCCCCUGUGGGUCCUCCUGCUAGUGCUGCUGGUGGUGGUGCUGGUGGUGGCGCUGGUGGUGGUGGUGGUGCUGCUGCUGCUGCUGCUGCCCCCGGUGCUGGCACAGCUGCUGGAGCUGGAGCAUCUGGUGAAGGUGGUGGGGAGAGCCAGUGCGUCUUGUACGAGGAUGACGGGGAGACUCUUAAAGGGGAUAGAGCAGAGGUGCAUGUGUGCAUGCAGUGGGAUGCACAGAAGGUGGUGGUGACUGUAACGAUCGUGCAUGUACAGGGGGGGAGUGGGGGAGAGAGUGGUAUGGGCAGCAGAGAGGAGAGCAGCAGAGGGGAGAGCAGCAGAGGGGAGAGCAGCAGAGGAGGGGAGAGCAGCAGAGGAGGGGAGAGCAGCAGAGGAGGGGAGAGCAGCAGAGGAGGCGGGUACAGAGUCCCCUGGGAGACUCUCAAGGUGGCUUUACCAGCUGCAGAUACACGUGAGCUGGUGAUUCAGUGGGGGGAUGGAGGGGGAGGAAGCGAGGUGGUGAAUGAUAAAGGGCAGGUGGUUGCAGUGGAGAAGGGGGAGUUUGUCUGGCACUUGCUAUAA